AUGUCACGACAUGAAGGAGUUAGCUGUGAUUCAUGUCUCAAAGGAAAUUUCAGAGGCAAAAGAUUUAAAUGCUUAAUAUGCUAUGAUUAUGAUUUAUGUGCUGUUUGUUUCGAAUCAGGAGCAACAACAACAAGACAUACUACGGAACAUCCAAUGCAAUGUAUACUUACUCACUCAGAUUUUGAUUUAUAUUAUGCCGGUGAGGCUCUUAAUUCUGAUCAGCCUCAGGCAUAUACAUGCCCCUACUGCGGUAAGAUGGGACACACGGAAGCUACUCUUCAAGAACAUGUAGCGACUGAUCAUAUUGAAACAACUAGGGAAGUUAUUUGUCCCAUUUGUGCCAGCUUUCCAGGUGGAGAAGCAAAUCAAAUAACUGAUGAUUUUGCUGGUCACCUUACGUUAGAACAUAGGAGCGGUCCUAGAGAUUUAAUUUCAUUUUUAAUAUCCUUUUAUCAUGCAUUACACGAUUAG